UUAGUCCAUUUUACUCUGUAAUUUUAAAGACAAAAAUUGUAAGUUUUCAUUGCCUCAUUUAUGCCACAUAUUAUGUAGAGGCUUGGUGCGUGAGAAUCAUCUGUAUUUUAAGUGUAGGAUUGCUGCUAUUUUCUCUUAAAUGCAGCUUUCUUUUUCUUAGAAGUCAAAGGCUCUGUCUCAUUAUUAUUAUUAUUUUUAUUUGUUAGUUUUUCUGAAGUUUGUUUUGUACUCCUGUUUACUAGUUUGUGGGCUUACCUUUUCUACCAUAUAACGUGACCGAGAAGAGCGACAAUGAUGACAAUGUAUACAGGGUACAGUACAGACUAUCCACAGGUGGAUGCAUCUGAUUUUCAGAAUCAAUCUUCUUUCAGACUCUGAUAAAUAAUCAUACUUUUUGUUCAGUCUCUCUGUCUGGCCCGAUACUAUACGGCUCACGGACCAGUACUGGUCCAUGGCCCAGUGGUUUGUGACUGUUGGUAUAACAAGCUUCAUACUGCCAGGUUCUGAAAGUGGUUUGCCAGACCUUCAGAAAGGUAACAGUAAUAUGUCCAUAAACAGACGCACUGUGACACUGAUGUGUGUAUUCUCACACCCAUACCUCACAUACUUCAUCUUUGGAAGCUUCCCUCCCACCAAUUCUUUUUGCCAUUUAUCAUGUGUCAUUCUUCCUCUUUGCCUUUCAGUGUUUGCUCAAAGUGUCUUUAUAUGUGAGCGGAAGAAGCUGCCUGUCCUGGCUCUGGGCCGUUCAGAUGAUCUCAGACCAGGAGAGUUUGUGGUGGCUAUUGGUAGCCCCUUCGCCCUGCAGAACACAGUCACCACUGGCAUCGUCAGCACAGCACAGAGAGACGGCAAGGAGCUGGGCAUCCAUGACUCUAACUUCGACUACAUCCAGACUGAUGGGAUAAUUAAUUAUGGAAAUUCUGGAGGGCCCCUUGUUAACUUGGAUGGUGAGGUGAUAGGUAUAAAUACUUUGAAAGUGACAGCAGGCAUCUCCUUUGCUAUACCCUCGGACUCGCAGAGUCAGUCUAAAUAUUCCUAUGUAUUGGAGUCAAAUCCGGACCAGAGCAAAGAUACCACCAUUCCUCCAAAUGGGUUGACAGGUGGCACAUGCAGAAGCGGGGGUUCUUGGAGGGAAGAGAUGUUUAUUGGGCAUUAGAAUGCUCACAAUUACCUAAAUGUGAAGAUACCCACAUAAUGCCAUAUUGGACUACACUGUAUAUGUAGUUUUUUUAACUUUGACAUUUCAUGGCAACACUUAACAAGAACAGGAUAUUAUAUGUAUUUUCUAGUAGUGGACUUUGCAGGGUGUACUGUAUGUUUGUUUUCCUUAGUCUAGCAGCAGCAGGGAAAUGUCACAAGCCAGAUUUGCCUGACGUCAGCAGAUGUGUUUUGGUCAUACAUACGCAAUCAGAAAAGUAUGUUCACACACACAUGCAGAGACCAAAGCAAAGACACACGCACAUGAUGGAAUGAACCUUUCUGUGCAAGGAUUAUUGCAACAAAUGUAGAUUCAACUACGUCCGGCCCGUCACAUUUUUUGGUGCCAAAAUGGCGGUAUAAUAAACAGCACAUCUACCUCACAGUCGAGGGUAAUAGGUUAAAAUCUUCUGUGUGGGUUUUCUACAGGUACUCCUUCCCACAUUUUGAAAAACAUGCAUGCUAUGUUAAUUGAAGACUCUUGAAUUGUUCAGAGGUGUGAAUGUGAAUGGUUAUUUUUCUAUAUGUGCCCUACGACUGGCGACCAGUCCAGGGUGUACCCCGCCUUUUGCCCCAAAUCAUCGCGGAUACGCUCCAGAUAACCCCCAACCCUAAUGAGAGCAAGUGCUAUGGAAAAUGCAUGGGUAGAUAUUGAAAAGGGAUGAACUCAGAUGUAUUUGUAGAAGUGUCUUGUACAUAAUCCAGUUUCAGUCUUUUGGGAUAUGAGGAAUACAGGAAGGGGUUGUUAUUGUGAAGUUGAAUAGUCGAGCAGUACAAAACACAGAGGACACCCAUGAGCGCUUGUUAAGUGGAGUGCAUGCAGCCCCUACUGUAUG